UCUAUCGCGAAGUGAAUGUAAACACGAGAGCUCCUCACAAAACUGUUCAUAAAAGGAAGAAAGAGGGUUAAUGCGAGUAAGUAUACCAAAAGGAAAAAAGUUUAAUCAAAAGCUAGGUGGCUGCAGUGACUAAUUCUGUGCAUGUUUGGGAUAAUCAUUCGUGUUUUUCCAUAACUAAGUGAUAUUUCUCAAGUAAUGGAUAUUCCGUAGAAGGACUAGAAGGACCUGCCGCUAGUUCACAGCUGUCAUAUAUGUUAACUCAGGCAUUUAUUAGUCUCUAAAAAAGUCAUCCAAACCCACUGUCGAUUAUAAACGUGUUAUUCUUUCAGUUACUAAAUAAGGAUUAAUGCAGAACUAUUCUCCACAAAACGAAAUAUUCUGAUGUACUUUUAUCAAAUAUGUUGAACUUUCUUCCAUGUCGACGCUAUUCGAUUAUACGAUUAGCUAGCCUUAUGGUCAAAUAUUUCUAAGCUUUAUUAAAUGUUUUAGAAACGUUUUAUCAGUUUUUUAGCAAGUGGAAUUGAUUAAGAGGAUUUUCCGCGAAGUUACUUGAAAAGCACCUGUUAGCUGUGGAAUUGACGCCUGUUCAAACUAUUUACGCCAAAGGUAUCUAUGACAACCACAGCUUACCUACGGUAGUAUUGACCGUUUAAGACUUAUUGCCUUCAGGCAGCUGUCCAUUUGAAUAUUUUAAAACUGGUAAAUAUUGUUGAUUAAUUCAUUGAUAUAUUUAUUUAUGCGCAAACUGUUUUUUAUUAAGCAAUAUUUUUUUUGUCAAAAUUUAAAAAGUAACUGGAGGAUAAAAUCAAACCACUCUAUUUCUUUUUUUUAUUAUUUAUACAUGUAGCUUUAAACCAUGCCCUCCAAUAACCCCCUCUACUUAUGCAAAUGAAUAAUAAAACAAGUCAAACAACUACUAUCCGACAGAAGGCCCGUAACUACUAACAAAAGAAAAUACGGAGGCUUGUUACCACACUAAAUACUGUUGUAAUCGAUCUGUAGACAUUUUCUAUUGGCUUUUCCCAGUUGACCAUGCUCUCCAAUUCACCCCUCAAUGGCUCAUUUACCUUCCAAUUUUUUUGAGUUUGCAUACUAAUGCAAAUGACUAACAAAACAAGUCAAACAACUGCCUUCCGGCACAAGGCCUGUAACUAAUAAAAACGGAAAAUCGGUUUAUUACCACAUUUAAUACUAUUCUAAUCGAUCUGAAGGAGCAAAUACCACCAACUUUUAAUAAUGGCCUCAUCUAAACGUCAUCUAAUGUUUAUCAACCGAUUCAACCGAAUGCGUCCGCUUUAUGCCGACAGAGUUUUGCAAGACUGUUUGAAGUAUGAUCAUUCGCACCUUUCUGAUCUGAAGUGGAGAAAAAGGUAGAAGAAUGACUACUGGUAAGUUUAAUUUAAUUUACUUAAUAAUGCAGUUGUUAAUUUUUUUUGUCGCAAGAGAAUUUUUUUUUAAAAAAGGAGGCUGGCUAUGAUAUUAUGGGCGCACAUUUCAAUUUCGCCUAAAUGUUUUCAUUCAGGGUUUCGAGAAAAAAAUGCUGCUUUAGGUAACUAAAACAAGGUAAAGGGAAUCAAAUCAUGCGCAUGCGUUGGUUCGUGUCUUGAUAAGGGAAUCGAUUUAACAGUUAUUGUGCUCGGCGAUGCCUGUAGAGAACGUGAGGCUAAUCUACAGUACUAUUAAAAAUAUCAUGUAGCUUACAAUGUACCGACAGGAAAAAAUUUAUACUCUGGGAUCGAUGGUACGAACAACUCAGGAUGCAUGUUCACACUGCCACUAAAAGGCUGGUACAGAAGGCUGGCGUAUACUGCCUCAAUAACGAAACAUCGCACUUAAGCUUUGCAGUAAAUUUGUAUAAAAAAUGGCGUCAUAUUGUAACAAUCCCCUUUCACUGUGAAAUAAACGUUUUGAGAGUGUUUCAACUUGCUUGGGUAACAAUAUAUUAUGCUACCCUUAAAAUUAAAGGUGAUCUCGUCAUCAAGCAUGUAACUUACGAAAAAUACUUAUAUCUUCCCUAAUUUCUCAUGGACUCACUUAAAUUAUAGUUUGUUGGUUUUGUGUCUUACGAAAUUGGUUACGCCUCGUUUUGUAAAAAGAAGUUUGCAUAGAGUGUAUGAAUAUUGCUAUCGUCUCGGGUGCAUGAUAAGACACGUGAUUUGAAACCCAGCAAAACUCCCUUCUUCUGACUUAAUAUAUUAUAUAUUAGAUGUGUCCGGAUGCAUUAAAAUACCUCAAGUAAUCUUAUCAGGAAAAGAUGAGACGUCUUUGAACCGUCCCAAUGCGGUUUUUUUCCGCCGUAAAUAUAACAUCAAGAAAGCUUCUAUUGGUCGUUUCCACGUUUGCUCUACCUUUUGAUAUAUUCUUUAUGACACAUCAAUUGCUGGUUGAAGGUGCAAUCUCAUUGGCUGUUCUAACAUUUACUUAUAGUUCACCAAUGGCUUUUACAUAGAUAAAACGUUCUUUUGAUUAAGAGGCUAUACUGGAGAUUGAUCGCCAAGGGUUUGAAAGACAAGAUAAAUAUUAAACUUUCUACCAGGCAAGGUAAGAUUAAAGUAUCAUCAUGGCUAAUAGUCCAGUUUCGAAUUAAAAAUUACCGCUGAAUACAAACAUUAACGACACUUUCACACAGGGUUAGCCUCGACGUAAAGUAAAAUAUUCAGAAAUUCCGGCAAGUAAGUGCUUGAAAUUUGAAUAUACAAAAUAGACAGAGUAAUAAACAGAUCUUUUUCUCGUUGGAAUUUGUGAAUAUAUUACUUCAGAUGGAGGCUAAGGUGUAAAAGAUGCGUCUUCGCUUCUUCAAUUCAGCGGUCAUAGCGAACUCGAAACUGGACUAUUUCAACAAUCCAUUAUAAAAAAAAGUAGAAAUCAGUAGUCUCUUAGCAAUGAUAGAAAAAUUAUUUUCUAGACCCAAAUUUCGCAGUGACAAAACCAUUUUUAAAGAUUCUUCCAAAUUUAAUUUUAUGAAAACUGUCCGUAAUUAGCAACAUUUCAUGCACAAAACAAUCCAAGUUGUUAUUGCACUUCUUAAGGUGGCUUGAUACAAUUAUUCAGGGUCAGUACCUCCUAAGUCUGAGCAUAAACUACGUUGCUAUAAACAAAGAUUUGGCGAAAUUGCGCGCACAGUUGUAUUCGAUAAAGAUGAAAACUUUUUAUGAUAAGGGUUUCAAUGACAUCGCAGUUGUCAUAGCAACGGAAUGACCCAGCAGUAUUUCUCGACUCUGGGAACUGUUUUUCCAAAAUUGUCCAAGGGAGCUUUUUCAUCCAAUAGCCGGCUAGAUGUUCGUGAAAUUUAAGUGAAAAUCUGUAAGCGCGUUAUCGAGAUAUUUUGGAAUGAAGUGUUUAUGUUUAGAAAUACAGUAAAAAAUGGACAAUCUUGAAGUUUGGCCGUUAUCUGUAGAGAAAGAAGCGCUUUUCACAUGCAAUUUCACCUCAUGGUGAGCUACAAUCUUUUUAAAAAUGUGUGUAAAUGAUUGUGGAGAUAGGUCCACUGAGUCAAUUGCUUGAAAGAAGGAUUUUAUCAUUGUAUCGAGGCGCCUCGAUACAUAAUUAUUAAUAAUCAAAUCCUUCUUUGUAGCAAUUGGUUGGAGCUAUCUCCAUGAUCUUUCAGACGCUUUUUUAAAAAGAUUUAAACUAUGAUGAGGUGAAAUUGCAUGUCAAAAACGCUUCGUUUUCUACGGAUAACAGCCGAACAUUAACAUCAUUGUUUACCGUAUUUCUCAGAUUUCUAAGCCCAAAAAUAUCCGCAUCGAGGCGGCUAUUAGGGGAAAAAGCUCCCGUGAACGAUUUUGCAAGAACAGUUCCCAGUGCCGAGAAAUACGGCUGCAAGUUAAAAAGGUAAUGUUGUCAUUUUGUUGCUAUGACGAUUAUGUUAUUGCAAUCCUGAUCAUGACAAAUUUUUAUCUUUAUCUAAUACAACUGUGGUGAAAAUUUUUCCAAAUCUUUGUUACGCUCAAACUUGGAAGGUGUUGACCCUGAAUAACUGUAUAGAGCCACCUUAUGAACAGAGAACUGACUGUUGUCAAGAACAUUAGGGAACUAACACUUUCUCUAAAUGUCAAAGCGGACUCAAUUGGAGCAAAACUUUUCAGUGCACGACUUAGCAUGUUUCGUUCUUCCUAAUCAUAUCAUAAGACAAAUUUUUGUCCGCUUAUCAAUCAUUUUGAACUUGAAAAUGUCGUCAAGAUGACACCGUAACGUCAUUCUUUUUUAUCCGCAUUAUUUUUUGUACUUCUUAUUCUGUAAUGAUUCCUCAUUAUUACCUUUCUCUUAUUCCAGAUCCUAUUCUAUUAAUGCGACAAUGGACAUCUGGUUUGCAGUCUGGGUUACUGAGUUUAUCAUGGUGUUUAUAAUCAACGCCUUCACUCUCGUCGUCUUUGCAAGGAGCCGCCAUCUACGCAGGCGCAACACGUACUUGAUAAUGAACCUAACUGUGGCUGAUUUACUGAUAGCAGCCGUUUCAGGACCUGAAACCAUUCUGCUUCUUAAAGAAAACAAAAGACCGAAAAAAGGAUUCGGGGUUUUACAUGUAUAUUUAAUAAUCUCUGACAUGUGUUGGAUAGCUUCACUGGGUAACCUAGUUUUAAUUUCUUUAGAGCGAUUGCACGCAACACUUUACCCAUUUAGGCAUUGCUUAGUUAAGAAAAGCAUUUACUAUAAGAGUAUCAUUUUUAGUUGGUUCGGAGCUUUGACUCUAGCAUGUGGUGUACAAAUCAGUCGCAUGAGUGAUGUACCCUUCGCAGAUCGAUACCCCUGGAUAAUUUUUAUUUUUCUUACCCUUGCAGUACUAACAACAUCUUAUGUUAUGAUUAUGUCAAAAUUUAUUAGAAAAGCUCAUGUCCAGCAGUUAGGGUCAGUUAUGUCAGCAGAAAGAAAACUUUCAGUAACUUUAUUCAUAGUUAGUGCUGCCUCUAUACUUACUCUUCUUCCCUGGGUAAUAAUUAUUUGUAUCUCAGUAAGUUCAGACCGUUACUUAUGGAUUGAGUUCACACCUAUGAAGAUAGCAACAACAUUUUAUCACCUUAAUUCUAUAUUGAAUCCAGUGAUCUACGCGAUUAGAUUGACAGAGUUCAGGAGAGCUUCGAAGGAGCUUUUCUGCAAAAACACU